AUGGCUGCCGAGGCGCGCGCCUCUAUAUGGGCGCGGCUCAAAGCUGUCAAGCCGCCCUUCGUCUCAAAGAAACCGCAUUUCAACUUUAUUUCCAUUCAUUACACAUGGAUCAUCGGCGCAACAUUAUGUGCUUCUGUUAUUAUUUACGGGUCUGGUCGCGGUCACACUUCUUACAUCGAUUCCUUAAUGUUUGCAAGUGGAGCCAAUACGCAGGCUGGUCUAAAUCCCAUCGACGUCAAUCUUCUCAACACCUUUCAACAGGUCGUUGUUUAUUUUUUUACUUUAACCUCUAACCCCAUCACUCUACACACCUCAGUCGUUUUUCUGCGUCUUUACUGGUUUGAAAAGAGGUUCCAGGGUUGGGUUACAGACGCCCGACAGCGCCGCGCUACCAUCUCCAAGGCAAAAACCCGUCCGCGAAACGAUGAUCGUCAGAAUGAAGAGGGAGUUAAUGGCCGGCAUAUCACUAUUGUUCCUGCUCAGGGACGGCGCCAAAGGAUCACCAAUGAUGGCAUUCUGUUAGACGGGAGUGAGGCCUUUCAAUCUCAGGCAAUUGUCGACGACGAUGACGACAAUGAUCACCAACCGCGCCAACCACCUACAAACAGCGAUGAUAGCGAUACAGUUUCAGCGGGACGAUCCAACAGCAUAGAGCUGAGUCCACUCGAAAAGCCUGAUCAGGCUCACCGUGACAACAGGGAUGAGUGGAAAGAGGAACAAUCCAGAACGCAGAAUACACCAUCUGGAAUCAAAUUUGCCGAGACGGUUAAGAGAAGCGAUGGAGUUGAUGAUGAUUUGACCAAGUUCCCUCAACGAAGAACUCACGCAGAACACAUUGCCAUCCUAGAGCGUCAGCGAAAUCAAGACAACGAAGUGCUGAGGAUUCCCGGUCCACGAGAAACCGAGAGAGGGCUGGGUCCGCGAAGACUUGAAGAUGACGAUGGAGAUGACGACAACAACACUAUCGCCAUGACGAGAACGGUAGAAUCGAGACCAGAUCAUGCGACUAUCGACUCGAGAGCGCCACCUGGUCGUAGACCAACUAUCGUUAUUGCGGAGCCGAAACGUCCUCUCAAACACGAAUUGACCGAUGAUGCCAGAGCCAUUGGUGGCACUCUCGACGCUAUAAGGAUGCGAAAACCCCGUAUUCUCAACCGUGGUCAAAAGGAAACACACGACGAUGCCGACAGCACAAUGAGUCGUGCUUUCCGAACUCGCACAAUAGACACCAUCAAGUCAGCUUUAACAAGCGACCACACCAAGGACAUGCCUUAUCUUAGUUAUACACCGACUAUGGGUCGAAACUCGAACUUUGUGGGGUUGACCCUUGAGCAGCGAGAGGAAUUGGGUGGCAUUGAAUAUCGGUCACUGAGGACUCUGGCCGUUAUAUUGCUUUCCUACUUUUGGGGUUUCCAGCUUAUCGCUGUAACCUUCCUCCUUCCUUGGAUUCUCCAUACGGAGAAGUAUGGCAGAAUCGUGGAGGACAGUGCCGUUUCCAGAACUUGGUGGGGAUUCUGGACAGCCAACUCUGCUUUCAACGAUCUGGGUCUGACCUUGACACCAGACAGCAUGAACUCCUUCAAUACUUCAGAAUAUAUCAUGAUGAUCAUGUGGUUCUUUAUCAUCAUUGGAAACACUGGCUUUCCUGUCAUGUUGCGUUUUGUUAUCUGGGUCCUGUCUAGACUUGUACCCACGAACACCGGCCUCUGGGAAGAGCUAAGAUUCCUUCUCGAUCACCCUCGUCGUUGCUUCACCCUUCUAUUCCCCUCGAGCGCCAACUGGUGGCUGUUUUGGAUCCUCGUCGCUUUGAACGCCAUAGACUUGCUGUUCUUUGUUAUACUUGAUCUGAAUUCGGGUCCAGUCGCCGAACUGCCGGUUCAUACUCGUAUUGCUGAUGGUCUCUUUCAAGCCGCUUCUACUAGGACUGCAGGUUUCUCUUGUUUUAGCUUGAGUGACCUCCAUCCUGCGCUUCCAGUGUUGUACAUGAUCAUGAUGUACAUUUCCAUUUUUCCUAUCGCAAUUUCCAUUCGCCGAACCAAUGUCUACGAAGAAAAAUCUCUUGGUGUAUACAGCAGCAAGAAAGAUGACGACGACGAAGAAUCAGCUAGUGCUCUCAACUACGUCGGCACUCAUUUGCGGCGCCAACUCUCCUUUGAUCUGUGGUAUGUCUUCGUAGGUUUCUUUCUCCUUGCCAUUAGCGAAGGUGGUGGCCUCAAAGCGAAGGACUUCAACCUGUUCGACAUUCUCUUUGAGGUCAUCAGCGCGUACGGAACUGUUGGUCUAAGCAUGGGUGUGCCUAACGUCAAUGCCUCCCUUUGCUCGCAGUUCACUGUUGUCGGCAAACUUAUCAUUGUUGCCAUGCAAAUUCGUGGCCGGCACCGUGGCUUGCCGUACGGCUUGGAUCGUGCUGUGCUUUUGCCAAGCGAAGCACGCUUCCAGAAGGAGGCAGAGGAAAACCAACCAAUUCUAAUACGCACACGUACAAAUGCGUCCAUGGGAGCAGCAUCCGGUAUGGAACCCCCGACAAGUCCAGGUUUCCCUGGCCGAAGAGGAAGUGUCAGCCGCUUCCGCGAGCGAGCAAACAGCCGCAUCAUUUCCCAGUUCCUCUAUCCUGGACCUGUCAUUCCCAGUAAUGAGAUCCAUGGCCACAAGCGCGCAACCUCAAAUAAUUCCAACACCACGCGCGACUUCCCACGAUUUAAUACCGAACCAGUAUUCGAAGAGGAGAAGGAUGAGGUUCCUCCCCUGCGGCCCAUCGAAUCCCACCAAUUCACACCUCGGCGGGCAGAGACAGGCUAA